GGUUCCCGACAUUGGUUCCCACCCAAAUAAACAAAGCUCAGCUGGAUGUUUUCUCUCCACAGAAACGUUUACACAGCUCCGUCUCCUGCCAGCUAAACGUCCCAAACCAAAAUCCGGAUCCGUUUACUAAGGAUUUAUCUCUUUUAAAGCAGAAACGAUGCCGUCCGGUGACCGUUUGUUGUUGUAACGUUAGCUAACCGACGACCCAUUGCGCAACAGUAACGUUGAACCGAGCUAACCGCAACACUUUUAUCCAGACACCACCACCACCACCACCUCCACCACCCCGGCUCCGGCUCCAGCCCCUCCGCUCGGCUGGGCAGAGAUGACAAGCGAACUGGCUGCUGUCGUGUCCGCUUUGUAACAGGAUUUUUGGGCGGAUUUCAGUCUCGGGUUUGGCUCCUGCUGAGAGAAAAAAAAAGAUCAGAUGUUGAGGGAGAUUUGUUGAGUCAAGCUAGCUAGCAGAGCACAGCGAGCAGUACAGCGGCCUCCUUGUAAAUACCCCCCCUCCCCGUUUGCUGCUGCUGUUUCCUCGUGGGCCCCUCCACCAGACGCUGUUACCAUGACGGCCAUGCGCGUGGACGCCAAAGUUGUGAUGCUGGGAAAGGAGAGCGUCGGGAAGACGAGCCUGGUGGAGAGAUACGUCCACCACCGCUUCCUGGUCGGCCCGUACCAGAACACUAUUGGCGCCGCGUUUGUCGCCAAACCGAUCCAGGUGGGCGAGAAGGUGAUAACCCUGGGAAUAUGGGACACGGCCGGAUCAGAGCGCUACGAGGCCAUGAGUAGAAUCUACUACAGAGGAGCUCGGGCCGCCAUCGUCUGUUACGAUCUGACCGACACCAGCAGCUUCCAGCGAGCUCGGUUCUGGGUGAAAGAGCUGCAGAACUGCGAGGAGCACUGUAAAAUCUACCUGUGCGGCACCAAGAACGACCUGAUUGACGGAGACCGGAGCCUGCGCCAAAUAGACUACCACGACGCCCAGGACUUCGCUGAAGAAAUCGGUGCUCAGCAUUUUGAGACGUCCAGCAAAACAGGAAAAAACGUGGACGAGUUGUUCCAGAAAGUUGCUGAGGAUUACAACAACUCUGCCUUCCAGUACGUAACAGCCGAGGAAACGGGCGUGGACUUGAGCCAGAAGAAAGACUCUUAUUUCUACUCCUGUUGCCAUAACAACUGAUGCUGAGCAACAGGAAGGGGAACACAAGUGGCCGUGAAACCUGAAUACGCUGGAUGGCCGUAACUGGACGUGGUGUCCAAAUCAGAAGGGGGGGAAAAAAAAGAAAUUGAACAGAACUGUUUGAACCUUGUUACAUAUGUUUAUUUCUUUUGUGCCAUAAAGAACUGAGGGCUGCAACACUUUGUGGAAGAGGACUGCCAGUGGAGAUGGAUGUAAAGACCAACACUCUUCACUUGUGUUUAAUCCCCAUAUCAAAUUGACUGCAGCUCACAGGAAAGUAAACAAUCUCCGAAGCUGCAGUUUUAAACAAUCUGAAACUUUGCUGUGGUUAAAGGACGACAUUUCAGGACGGUGAAUGAUUUGUUUACAGUUGUCAAUUUUGUUUACCUACAACUGUAUUUAACCUAUGUGUGGAUCCCAUUUUCUUUUUUUUUUUUGGCCUGCACAUGUUGGAUGCACAGAUGGAGAGACGCCAAGGGAAACUAAUCAGCAUGAAUGAAAUUAUACCAAUCGUAGAGGCCUUUAUACCAAAAGAACAAAUGGCAGGAUCUUGUGUAUUCGCGUUGUAGAGCUUCAUCUCUUUGGUGUUUACCACAACUUUUGCCAAGUGACGCCCAUGGAUGUAUUAAGAGAGCGGCAUAUGCCAUCAAAACCUACUGUGAAUUUCGCCCAGUGGUCACUCAAGGUUUGUGCAACAAAAGGACUAUGGGGCCCAAUCAGCUGAUAAUAAUUUUAUUUUAUUUUUUGAAACAUGAAUGUUUAAAUGUUUGUAAAGCUCACUCAGAACCGAGAAAUGCUAUAUUUAUGUGCUUUACUGUCAUCUCGAUGUAAAGCUCCAUGUUAAACACUAAUGCACACAUGAACGGUAGGCUGCACAAACCUGAAGCAAACCAGAAGGACAUCUUGGAGUCUAGUUCUUAUAAUACAUCCAUGUUGACAGCAUGUAUAUCAUGGAUCUGAAACAUAAUGUUUGGCACCAUAAGUUAUGAUUGUGUUAAAAGCUAGUAGAAAUAUAAGUCGAUCUUAAGGUAACGGUCACUUAACUGCCCAGAAACUGAAACCUCUGAAAUGAAAUUGCAUGGCCUAAGCUCUCUGAAAGAACAUUUACUUUAAAUAAUUUAAUUUUCACACAGCAAAAUAUGACUGAUGUUUUCUUCCAGUUACUUCUAGCUGUAAAAUGUUGAGCAAGUUUUUUUUCCAUAAAAAAACAAAAACAGAUUCCCUCUGCUACAGUGGCAUAUUUCACCAACACAGGAAAAAGUAUUGUGGGUGAAUGUUGUAUUGUGGCACAAACUGUCAUUGCUCCAUGUUCUCAGAACAACAUUUACAGCUAUAUUUAAGUCACUAAUUUAUUGCCUUUUAAGUUGUAUUGCCAGAUGGACAUGCAGGGAAAAAAUGGACGUAAUCACAAUUUCCUCCAUGUUGCUGCUUUGGUGUGUUGAUGUUCCAUGUGUUGAUACUUCCAUGCACAAUAUUUUUAUUCAAGGCUGUUAAAGACAGAUUGGUGUCCAAAAAGGUUCUGUACAAUAAAAGGCUUGUUUGAGUUUAAA